AUGGACGAUUUUUGUCAGUAUAACCUAUUUCGCAAACCACGGCCAGCACUAUUUAUUCCGCCCCCCUAUGACAAACCCAGCGAAACACACUGCGAGCGAAUGCAAACUCCUCUGUUACAUCUGCGCGCAACAGAUCCAUCGAAGAUUCUCUUGCUGUGCGAGUCUUUAAAAGACCAAUGUACGAUGGAUUUGGAGGCUAAAAUCAAUUGCUACUUAAUGAUUGAAGCUGAGUGCGACUGCGCAUUUAUGGCUUUCUUUGAAGUUCUUCCCAAGUUGGCUGUUGUAAAAGUAAUGGGCGUUCAUGCCUUAGAGCCAGAAAUUCAACUACCAACUAGUGACCCAGCAAUAGCCACCAUUGGAGAAAAUAAAGCUGGAGUAAACUUUGCAAUUGAAAAUCUUCCGCCUGUUUUGUUACAGCAGUUAGAAGCGUUGAAACUUGAUCUAGAGGGCGGCGACAUCAUGGCUUAUCCAAUUUUUGAACAAAAGCAUCGUAACGGGAUAGCCGAGGAAACUUCAACAUUAAGUCUUGCUGUUUUCAUAAUAAACUCAACACGUCAGAAAAUAUUUCUUAAGGAUAUUGUUCAAGAAUGUUUUCGUUUUGUCUUGCCGAUACUGACGAGUACUAUCGCUUUCGAACGCCAAAGUAAGAUCAAAGGACGUUUGCAGGAGUUGCUUGAAAUCGGGCGAGUCCUAUUUGACAAUCUCAAUGACAGAGAGCAACUAUUAAAUAAGAUCAUGGAGCGUGGAAAGUGCAUUUUCGAAAGCGAACGAUGCGACAUAUAUUUUAUUGAUGAAAAACAGAAGAAUCUUGAAGCCAAUGUAAUAUGCAAUGGGAAACUUGUUUUGGAUGUAGUUUCUAAGAAUCAAGGAGUUAUAGGAAUGUCAUAUACACAGAACAAAUUGUUAAAUAUUGAAAAUGCUCAUGACAAUCCUCUAUUCCUCAAAAGUGACGAUGAAAAAUGCGCAUAUCACACUCGCAACAUUCUAUGCUUCCCAAUACCUCACAAAGAGAAAGUACUUGGUUGUAUACAGAUGCGUAACAAGUUCGGGGGAGAUUUUAAUGUUUUCGAUGAAAAUAUCACAUCUUACUUUGCAACCUAUGUUGCUCUUGCCAUCUCUCAGUGCGAGAUGUUGACGCAACUUCGCGCAAAGAAUGCUCGGCAUGAUAUCUCCAAUAAAUUACUUCUCUUCCAGUUUGAUUUUCGUGAAGCGGAGGUAGAACAUUUGCUCAACGCGCAAAGACAUGAUUUGAAUGGAUUCAAUUUUCCAACGUUCAAUUCUCGUACCGUGCCGUAUCAUCGAAUUGGCGUGUGUAUGAUGAAAAUGUUUGAAGAUUUAAAUUUUAUCCAAAAGUAUAAGUUGGAACGAAGAGCUCUGGCAAAGUUUUUGGUUCUGGUACAGAAAGGAUACUUUAAUCAUCCAUAUCAUAAUUAUGAUCAUGCAUUCAGCGUCGCGCAUUUUAUCUACUCAACGGUAUGUUAUUUGCAAUUAUUGGAGCGAAAUGUUUUGACAGGGUUAGAUGUAAUAGCAUUAUUGAUAGCCGCCAUUUGCCACAACGUUGAUCAUCAUGGAAUGUCAAACCCAUUCAGAACGGUAGAAGAAUCAACAUUUGCAAGUCUAUAUUCCAGUUCAAGAUCAAUUAUGGAAACCCAUCACUUUGCACAAACAAUGACUAUAUUGAAUUCAGAGGGUUGUAACUUCCUUGCUAAUUUUUCAUCGGAAGACUAUUCGAGUAUAGUAAGCAUGAUUCGAGGCAAUAUAAUUGCCACUGAUUAUGCGGAACAUUUAAAACACUUCAAAAAACAAGAAAUUCUACUAACGAAAAACUUCAAACCGCGUCUAUUAGAGCACAAGUUACUCUUCUGUGCUUUACUAAUGACAUGUGGUGAUUUUGUUGACCACGUUCGUGACUGGAGAACGGUCCGCACUGCGGUUGCACAAAUGUAUGAAGAGUAUUUUAGACAGGGUGACUUGGAGAGAGAAAUGGGAAAAGUUCCAAACGAAAUGAUGGACAGAGAAAAAGCUCGCAUACCGUUGCUGCAAAUUAAUUUACUGAAAGAUGUAGUUCUUCCGCCUUAUGAAUUGCUAGUAAAGGUAUAUCCCGAUAUGCACUUCUGCAUUGAUGCUAUUUAUGAGAAUAUAACAAACUGGGAGCUUUCCAAAGCACACUUUUUGCAGCGUGUGCCAUCGGACGCGACUUCAAUCGAAUUGUUAAUGGGAAAUCAGCUCAGCAUGACUAAUUUCCAUUCUGUUGAAGAAGAACAUCACGUUGAAACCGAGGAGUCUUACGUCUAUGACUACGAUGAUUAAUUUUUUUGCAUUUUUUAAAAUUCUUAUUUCAUAGUAAAUAGUCAAAAAUCAAAUAAUGUAUGAAGUAAUAAAUGUAUAUGCAGUUGCCUAUA